GUCCUAAGUUGCACUUCUUUAGUAGUUUCACAAGGUAAAAUAACAUUCAUCCAAUCAAUGUGUGCCCUUCGUUCUUUUACCGUUCUCAUAUAUGACCUUAUGAAUUCAUUGUUGAUUGUUAAUUUUAUUAUGAUCGACUUUAUCUUCUAAGCCAUUUGCAUUGGUCGUUUCUUAAUUGGCCCUCAUUUUGCUUUCAAAGUUACUUCGCAUAAAACCGCAAAACGUUCAGUUAACGAAAUAUUCAAAUGAAUAAAACGAAGGUUGGAUUCGUUUUGGGGAUCAUUGUAACACUUUUGUGGUGUCUGAAUUACGUAGUUAGGAGAAAUUUUCUGCAAUCUGAACAGUUGAGUUCAGCGCUUCCAACACAAAGUAUGAAAUCAUUCGUCACAAAUUCAUCGAGAAUUCCAACUAAUUGGAGUCAGAAGAAGAAAAGAACGAAACAGCGAUAUAUUUCAUCACAAAUGGAAAGGAAUGAGAACAAACUGACUCUGGGCUUUACUGAGAAGUAUCUCGAGAAUCUAUACGAUAAUAAGAAGAGAGAGUCUGGUAUCAAGAAAAAAUUAAUUGUGAACUAUGGUAGAAUUCAGAUAACUACCAUUAGUAACUUCUCUUCAUGUCAUGCCUGUGAAUGUGAACUGACAUUUGAUAGAUCCAAAUGGCAAGAGUCUGAUAUUGUCAUCUUAACAGACCAGACCUAUCCUCAUGGAGAAAGGCGACCGAAUCAAUUAUGGUUCAUUUUUGUACAUGAGUCUCCUCUUCAUGUGAGUAUCGCCGAUUACUUGGGCAACAAAGUAAACUACACAAUCACCUUCCGAACGGAUUCCUCAGUCUACCUUCCGUAUCAUAAUUAUAAGCCAAUCGAUCCAACUCAUGGUCCGGAUACAAGAUAUCCACUUCCUUCUCGUAAUUAUGCUACUGGGAAGACUAAAAUGGCUGCAUGGUUUGUGACUAAUUGUUUUGCUAAAAGUCCAAGAAAUCAAUAUGUGCAGGAGCUGUCAAAGCAUUUAAAGAUUGAUAUUUAUGGAAGAUGUGGUACAAAGAGCUGCCCGAGAACUUCAGAAACUGAGUGUUUCAAGCUUCUUGAGAAAGACUACAAAUUCUACCUAAGCUUUGAAAACAGCUUAUGUCCGGAUUAUAUAACGGAGAAGCUUUUCAGGAAUGGUUACAUGAAUAAUAUAGUUCCCGUUGUUAUGGGGGCGUCAGUUGAGGAGUAUGAACGCGUUUCACCAGCUCACUCAUUCAUCCAUGUAGAUCAAUUUGAAUCACCUGCAAAGCUUGCUGAAUAUCUCAAGUAUUUGGACCGUAAUGACACCGCAUAUAACGAAUACUUUGCAUGGCAUGGUCAUGGAGUUAUAGAUGACUGGAAGCCUAGACCGAUGUGUUUGUUGUGCUUAUUCGCUCAUGUUGUCGAUCAGCUUCAGCCACAUUCAUUUCCAAAUGUUUCUCAGUGGUGGAAUGGUGCUUGCAAUGGUCGAAAACUGCGUUGGAAUCCUAGUAGCCGAUGA